GCUUCUCCGUCAGUCGCGAAGCACCAUGAGCCGCUGAAUGCUUGCUCCCUCCGCGUCGGUUUCCUUUCUUACAUUCACCCUCUGCAUGUGGCUGUGCCGUGGUUCUGGCACUCUUCGUGAUGUACAAAUACAGAGGUCUUCCUGUGGUUCUGCAGUAUCUCAUUCUCAUUGUCUUAGUCACUAUUCUUUUACUCGCAUUGAAAACCAGAGAAUAUGCCUCUACGCUCCCCAUCAACCAGACAGAGAGGUCCCAACCUUCUGCCGUCUUGGACAUCAUCGAGCUAAAAGAACAGUUUCCUGCUCCCUCGACGACCUCGGCAUCAACAGGAAGCAACAUCACGCAGAGGGAUCUCGCAGCGGCCGAGGAAACUUGGAGGAGGAGCAUCGAGCGCAGGUUCGCUGAGAGACGCGAGUCGGUACGCGCGCGGUGUGAGGAAGUGGGUCCUUACCCUUACAGUGUUUACAGAACCGCCCGAAUGUCAUUUUACCUCAGUAAAAACUACAAUCUCGUCAUGUGUGUCACUGCCAAGUCCGGCGCCACCACCUGGAAGACCCACCUUCUCCGGCUGGACGGCGUGACCGAUCCUCGCAUCGGCAACCCACACAGCGGGAAAUACGACCGUCUAAUCCGCGCCAGCAUCCAGCUUAGUCCCGCCCAGCUCCAGGAGGCGUUGACAUCCCCGUCGGCCACUCGGGUCAUGACGGCCAGACACCCCCUCGCGCGCCUCGUCUCCGGCUACCAGGACAAGUUCAACGACGGGCAGCGCGCUCUGAGAUCCAUGGGGAAUCGUUUAACUAAAAGACAUUGCAGGAACUGCACUCGGCCCGACGGGACUCUGCCCUUUCCUCAGUUUCUCUCUUUGAUUCUAACUGAGUUGAGUAGAAGGGGCGUGGCAGGGUUAGACAAGCACUAUCGUCCGUACUCCACCGUCUGUAGUCCCUGCGGAAUCCAGUACGACUACAUCUUCAAGCAGGAGACCUUCGAUGAAGACCUUCGCUACUUGACCCAGGUUCUUGAUCUGAAGGAGGUGAAAGCUGGGCUACGAACGAACACGAAAGGGGACAAGUCGCAACAUUCUCGCUACCUGGAGUACUAUAGGGAUGUUCCUCCUGAUGUCUUGAAGCAGAUCUUCAGAUUGUAUGAAAAGGAUUUUAGAAUUUUCGACUAUGAGAUUCCUGAGAUUCUCUUGAAAAAGAUACAAGAUUAAAUAUUUACAUCCACAUAGUUUGUGUUUAAAGGAAGUUAUUAAGACAAUGAUUAUCAAGUUACUAUUUGUAAAAAUAAAUACUUGAUUAUAAAAUGUAUUUUGUAUAAGAAAACCACACUGCACUUUUUAAAUCUUAUGGAGUAAACAGCGGUCAUGAAAUGUAUUGUUUAUUUGACAAUUUACAGUAUGACAAAAUGCAAUGUGAUAACUUACACUUCCAGGAAGAGGUAUGUUUUGCGUCAUACCAUCGAUGAAGAACAAAUAAAGAUCAAAGACUAGA